CCUGUCUUCCUCUUUGACAACCCCCGAAGGGCUACCCCCUCCCCUCCCCCUCCUUCCCCCUCUUUCUCUCUCUCUCUCUCAAAGUAAUGAACAGGCUCCGCAAGGCUGAGAAGGCAAAGGUCGCCGAGUACCGCGACGUGGUGGGAGCAGCUGUGACGGCGCGUGAUGCCAUGACUGCCCUCGAGGCGCAUGGAUGGGAUGUGCAGACUGCGGUGAAUGCAUUCUUUUCGGCUGGUGGUCAGGCUGGAGCUGGUGUGGCCUCGGGUGAUCGGGCGGUUGUGGAAGCCCUGUUUGAGCAGUACAAGGAUGAUGGCUGCGACUCGAUGCUCCUUGAGGGCGUCCUGGCGUGGUGCAACGACAUGGAGCUCGAUCCAAUGAAGCGCCCGCUGCUCAUUGUGUGCCACAAGCUCCAGGCUGCCGUCAUGUGUGAGUUCACCCGCGAGGAGUUUAUGCGCUGGGCCGAGCUCGGCGCAGACAGCAUAGACGCCAUGAAGGCUGCCGUGCCCACCUUUGUGGCUCAGGUCGACUCGGACGCCACCAUCUUUGCCGACUUUUACGCCUGGGUCUUCGACUUUUCCAAGGAGCCCGGCCGCCGCUCGCUCUCGGCAGAGUCGGCCCGCUUCAUGUGGUCGCUGCUCCUCGCUGACAAGUUCCCCAUCGUCGACCGCUGGGUCAAGUUCCUCGAGAACCACACUCGCGACAUCACCAAGGACACCUGGCUGCUCUUCCUCGACUUUGUCAACACCUACGGCACGGAUGUGACCGACUACGACGACGAUGGCGCCUGGCCCGUCCUCAUCGACGAGUUUGUCGAGUACUGCAACGCCAACCCGGCCGCAGCCUCGUGAGCCCCCCCCCCCCUCUCCCCUCCCCCUCUUUCGUCCUCCCUCGUGUAUACACGCGUCUCCCUGGACUGCCAUCGACAUACUCAGCCGCCGCAGGCAGUUCAAUCCCGUCCUACCAUGCUCCAACUCGUCCCAUCGCUCCCGAUCUCAUCCAGCCGUACUCUUCGUUGAACCAAGACUCUCCAACCUCCCCUCCACCCAUACCCGCAAGUGACC